AUGGCUUCUUACGGGCUGCUGGGUCAGCCAGAAGAAGGUCGAGUCCACUCCAGUUCUGUCCUUCCAGCGAAUUUCGAAACGACUAUUGAACCCCGAAUCCCUCAUUGUCUCACAUUCCUCGCUCCCUCUCACCCCUCCCCCGAAGAAACAGACGCCGACUCCGAUGCGACCGUAACAGAAGCCGAGAAACAGAAAAGACUCGAGGAAUGGCGCCACUUCCGCGAGGAUGUCUCACUCGAUUUUGCUGCCUUUGAAGGCAGCAUUGCGCGCGUCCAGUUCCUUCUUACCAGCAACGAGCAAGAACGCCAGCGAUAUGCCACUGAGCGAGUUCAGAUUCUGUCGACAAUGCAGUCUGUACGAGAAAGUACGGCCGAUCUACGAAGGCAGCUCGAAGAGGCACAGCGACUUCUUUCCUUACGAAAGACUUACGAUGAAUUGACGGACAAAAUUACGAGUAACCGCCUGCUCAAGCCGCGCGAAGACCAGUCAGCGAACCUUCAGAAAUUGCGACUGGAGAUUGCAGAUCUCGAGAAGGAAAGCAAGGAUUACGCCAUGACCUGGGCUGAGCGACGUGAGCAGUUCGGUCGUAUUGUGGACGAGGGGAUGCAGCUUCGUCGCCUGAUCCGCGAUGAGAAAGAGGAAGUCGAGCGCCGGGAAGGCAUGCAGGAGGGGGCAGACGGUGAUGAGGCAGAUGCCACAUCCAAGGGCAAGACUAGCAGUGGGAACACUCCUGGUCCUGAGAGCGAUGCCGUGACCCCUUCCCAGCACGGCCAAGAUGAGACCGGUCGAUCAUCUGCUCUGCAGGUUGAGAAGCCCGGGGCUGCCGGUGCUGCGUCGCCUUUGCGGCAAGUCACAGCUGCCCAGAUCGAUGGAACAGGAUCUACUCGGGAGGACACGAAUAUGAUUGAUGAAGGUGAAAUCUCUGCGAUCAGUGAUGGCGAAUUAUCCGAGCUCGAGGAAGGGGAGGAACUUCCUGACGACUUCAAUGGGAAGAUGGAUACUAGCUGA